AUGCACCACAAAAGGCUAAACCUACAUAAACUGGUCAUCAUCAGAGUUUGGGUUCUGUGUACCGAAAUCCAAAAUCUCAGUCGCGUGGAUUGGAGUUUGACACUAAGUUACAAGAUCGCUGCGGUUUCAGGAAUGAGUAGUUUAGUUGAGAGACUUCGUGUCAGAUCAGACUCAAGACCCCGCUAUAGUUUGGAUGAUUCUGAUGAUGAGUCAGACAUCCUGCUAGGUAAAUCCAAGAAUGCAGAGCAAUUUGAGAAGAUUAAUAGAGAUGAUGCGAAAGAAGAUUCAUGUAAUGCAUGCGGUGAAUCCGGGAAUCUACUUGUCUGUGAAACUUGCACCUACGAAUAUCACCCAAAGUGUUUAAUACCACCUCUGAAAGCUCCUCUUCCUACCAGCUGGAGGUGUCCAAAAUGUGUUAACCCUCUAAAUGAUAUAGAAAAACUUUUGGACUGUGAAAUGCGGCCUACUGUUGCUGAUGAUAGUGAUGCCUCAAAGUUGGGUUCCAAGCAGAUAUUUGUUAAACAAUAUCUUGUGAAGUGGAAAGGCCUAUCUUAUCUCCAUUGCACAUGGGUACCUGAAAAAGAGUUUAUAAAAGCUUACAAGGAAUUGCCUCGCUUAAGGACAAAAGUAAACAAUUUUCGCAAGCAAAUGAAUGUGGGCAACAACAGUGAAGAUGAAUAUGUCCCUAUCAGGCCAGAAUAUACAAUGGUUGACCGAAUUCUUGCUUGCAGGCAAGAAGGUGAGGAGGAAAAGGAAUAUCUUGUAAAAUGGGUGGGACUUAACUAUGAUGAAUGUUAUUGGGAAUCAGAGUCAGAUAUCUCAUCAUAUCAACAACAAAUUGAGAAUUUCAAUAGACUGCAGUCUAGAUAUCGGAAACUAAGGAAGCAGAAAAGCAACAAUCAUGAUGCAGCUGACUUAAGAAAGAAGUCAAAAGAAUUUCAACAGUUUGAAAAGAGUCCCGAAUUUCUUCCUGGGGGUGAGCUCCACCCAUAUCAACUUGAAGGAUUAAACUUCUUGCGUUUCUCAUGGUCUAAACAAACACAUGUCAUACUUGCCGACGAAAUGGGUCUUGGAAAAACAAUACAAAGUAUUGCCUUUUUAGCCUCUCUAUACGAAGAGAAUGUCUCCCCACAUCUAGUAGUAGCACCACUUUCUACAUUAAGGAACUGGGAACGUGAAUUUGCCACAUGGGCGCCUCAUAUGAAUGUUGUUAUGUAUGUUGGAACAGCUGCUGCACGUGCUGUCAUACGGGAAUAUGAAUUUUAUUUCCCAAAGUCUCAUAAGAAGGACAAGAAGAAGAAGUCAAGUCAUGGGUCAAAUGAAAAUAAGCAAGCCAGGAUUAAAUUUGAUGUCCUAUUGACAUCUUAUGAAAUGAUCAACAUAGAUAACGGGUCCCUCAAGUCAAUAAGCUGGGAGACUAUGAUAGUGGACGAAGGCCAUCGUCUCAAGAACAAGGAUUCAAAGUUGUUUUCUGCACUGAAACAGUUUGAUACCAGACAUCGUACAUUAUUGACUGGAACCCCUCUUCAGAACAACUUGGAUGAGCUUUUCAUGCUUAUGCACUUCCUUGAUGCUGGAAAGUUUGCAAGUUUGGAAGAGUUUCAGGAAGAGUUUAAGGAUAUCAAUCAAGAAGAGCAAGUUUCAAGGCUCCAUAAGAUGUUGGCCCCCCAUCUUCUAAGAAGAUUGAAGAAAGAUGUUAUGAAGAAACUACCUCCUAAAAAGGAGCUCAUUUUACGUGUGGAGUUAAGUAGCAAGCAGAAAGAGUACUACAAGGCAAUUUUAACUCGUAACUAUCAGUUAUUAACUCGCCGAGGAGGCGCCCAGAUUUCUCUCAUUAAUGUGGUUAUGGAAUUGCGCAAGCUUUGUUGUCACCCUUUUAUGCUGGAGGGAGUUGAACCAGAAGACACCAAUGAGUUCUACAAACAACUGUUGGAAUCUUCUGGGAAACUGCAGCUUUUGGAUAAAAUGAUGGUGAAGCUCAAAGAGCAAGGACAUAGAGUUUUAAUUUAUACACAAUUUCAGCACAUGUUGGAUUUGCUUGAAGAUUAUUGCAAUUACAAGAAAUGGCUAUAUGAACGAAUUGAUGGAAAAGUUAGUGGUGGAGAAAGACAAGUUAGAAUUGAUAGGUUCAAUGUCAGUAAUUCUUCUAGAUUUUGCUUUCUGCUGUCUACUAGAGCUGGUGGUUUGGGUAUUAACCUUGCCACUGCAGACACAGUUAUUAUUUAUGACAGUGAUUGGAAUCCUCAUGCUGAUCUACAAGCAAUGGCCAGAGCUCAUCGUCUUGGACAGAAAAAUAAGGUUAUGAUAUUUAGACUUAUAACAAGAGGAACAAUUGAAGAAAGGAUGAUGGAGAUGACCAAGAAGAAGAUGGUGUUGGAGCAUUUGGUUGUUGGCAAGCUUAAAAAUCAAAACAUCAAUCAGGAAGAGCUGGAUGACAUCAUCAGGUAUGGAUCGAAGGAGUUAUUUGCUGAUGAGAAUGAUGAAGCUAUGAAAUCAAGACAAAUCCAUUACGAUGAUGCUGCAAUAGAUAGAUUGCUUAACCGUGAUUACACUGAAGAAGAAAAUGCUGCAAUGGAAGAUGCAGAAGAAGAUGGCUUUUUGAAAGCAUUUAAGGUGGCAAAUUUUGAGUACAUUGAUGAGGCGUCAAAAGAGGAAGAGGAAAUACAAGAACCCAUAGCAGAGGACAAAAGUGCAGCCACAAAUCCAGAAAGAUCAAGUUAUUGGGAGGAGUUGUUAAAAGACAGAUAUGAAGUUCACAAAGUUGAAGAGUUGAAUUCUAUGGGAAAAGGUAAAAGAAGCCGAAAGCAGAUGGUGUCUGUUGAAGAUGAUGAUCUUGCUGGAUUGGAAGAUGUAAGCUCUGAUGCUGAUGAUAAUUAUGAAGCUGAGUUGUCUGAUGGAGAGAAUUCAGCUGGAGCAACACCUGUGAAAAAGCCCUACAGGAAGAAAACACGUGUUGACAAUGCUGAGCUACUUCCUCUUAUGGAAGGUGAAGGGAGAGCCUUUAGAGUAUUGGGAUUUAAUCAAAGUCAAAGGGCCCAAUUUGUUCAAAUCUUGAUGAGAUUUGGGGUUGGAGACUUUGAUUGGGCAGAAUUUACUUCACGUUUGAAGCAAAAGAGUUAUGAGGAAAUUAAAGUUUAUGGAACUCUCUUCUUGUCACACAUUUCUGAAGACAUUACAGAUGCUGCAACUUUUUCAGAUGGUGUUCCGAAAGAAGGGUUAAGAAUAGAAGAUGUACUUGUCAGGAUUGCAGUCUUGCUUCUUGUAAGAGAUAAAGUAAAAAACACUUCAGAGAAUCAAAGUGCUCCCCUUUUUACAGAUGACAUCAUCUAUCGGUAUCCAGGAUUAAGAGGUUUAAAAUUCUGGAAGGAGGAACACGAUCGAACCCUUCUUCGUGCUGUCUUGAAGCAUGGUUAUGGAAGAUGGCAAGCUAUUGUUGAUGACAAGGAUUUAAGGGUGCAAGAAGUGAUUUGUCAAGAGUUGAAUCUCCCUGGUAUAAAUAUGAGUCUCCCAGGGACAGGGGCACCUCAAGGUCAAUUUGUCCCACCUGGAAGUGUUGAAGCUCAAACACCAGUAGCAGCUUCUGGAGUUUCUCAACCACAAGCACAAGUUCAGGAUUCCACUACUGCUGCAAAUAAUGCUUUGUAUCACUUCAGAGAGAUGCAAAGAAGACUGGUUGAGUUUGUUAAGAAACGUGUCCUCCUUCUCGAAAAAGGACUUAAUGCUGAAUACCAGAAAGAAUACUUUGGUGAUGAAAAACCCAAUGAGAUUCGGAAUGAUGACAUGGAAACUGAACAAAAGGUUCUGGACAGACCAAGUGCAAGCCACAAUGACACAAGUUCUCAGAUGAUUGGUCAAUUGCCUCAAAUCCAAGUCAUCUCUCCAGAAGAAAUAACAGCAGCAGCUUGUGAUGAUAAAAAGGAUCGAUUGGCAAUGGCCCGCCAUUAUAAUGAGAUGUGCAAGAUAGUUGGGGAAAAUGCGGUUGAAUCAGUUGAGGCAUAUGUGGGGAACAAACCUGGUGCAGGUUUGAAGCUGAAAAAGAAACUUGAACCACUGGAAGGGAUACAUGAACAAGUCUCCAAGAUUCUUGUAAAUGAAAAUAGCAAUGGUGAUGUGAGUCAGCAUGAAGUCAACGGGACCACAAACACUGCUGAUGUGGCAAUGGAAGAUGGGGAAGGACGAAGCCCAGGUGUCAUUGUGUUGGAGUAAAACAUGUUACUACUACUAAGUUAACUUUUUUUUUUCUUAUGCUUUUGAGACUUGUUGAGAAGGUUUUUAUAGAAAAGUGGUUGCUGGGGUUUAGAUGUUUUGUGCCAUGAAAAUGAAAUACAGUUUACUAAUCAAAGUUAUUAGGAGCUAAAGUUUGUGUAAGGUGUUCCAACACGCGAGACACCACCAAUGUUGUUAGUUUGUUAGUUAAUGUUGUCUUUUGAGUAUAGGAAGGAGGAACUGAUGAUACAUUUUCAGCUUCUUUUAUUGUUAUAUCCAAGUUUCUACUAGUGGUAAACUUACAACUAUUAACUAUCGC